GUUUAUAUCUGACCCAAAAAAACACCAGUACUCUUCACUUCAAAACGCUAAGCUAUGCCAAUGGAAGUAGACCAGCCGCAGACCACCACGCCGAGGAUAAGCGCCGGCGACUUUGUGCUGAUCCGCAUGCCCAGCACAAACACCAAGAUUGUGUGCAUGAAGCCAGGCACGACCAUCAGCCUGGGCAAGUUUGGCAGCUUCAAGGCUGACAACCUGAUCGGACAGACAUUCGGUGCCACAUUUGAGAUCCAGAAGGACGGCAAGAUCAUUGCCCAGGCACCCACGGCAUUCGACAACGCGGACGAUACCGAGGCCAACAACAAGGAGAUCAACGAUGACCCGACGUCGCAGAAAAUGACGUUCGAGCAGAUCGAGGAGCUGAAGCUCAAGAGCAUUGCUGGCGACGUAUCGGCAAAGGAAAUCAUCGACUCGCUGACCGAAAACAACGCGUCGUUUGAGAAAAAGACAGAGUACGCCAAGUCAAAGUACAUUCGGCGCAAGGAGCGCAAGUUCAUGAAGGCGUUCACGCCCAUCGAGCCCACGGUGUUUAACCUGUGCGGAUACUUUUUCGAAGUCAACCCAGGCAAGAUCCGUGGGAUCCGGCCCGACACGCUGUCGCAGCUCCUGAGCCUGGCCAAUGUCUACAGCAAGGCUCGCGUUUUGACGGUCGACGAUGGCCAGGGCCUGAUUGCCGGCUCGCUGCUCUCGCGCACGACCUCUGAAGGCAUGGUAUUUGCUAUGCACGAUGGCGAUGUCAGCAACUAUGAUGUGGUGCGGUAUAUGAAGCUGUCACCAGAGGACAAGGAGCGGCUGCGGACGCUGCCGUGGCACCGGCUGGACCACGAGAUGACGCCGUUCACCGAGGUGCUGCCAGAGAACCCGACGGAGAAAGACAUCAGCGGGUACGAGCGGCGCAAGCGCGGACAUGCGCGCCUGGCAAGCAACCUGGAGACGCUGCGGGCGGGCGAGUUUGACGCGCUGGUGAUUUCGACAAACUACAACGUCGUGUCGGUGAUCAAAAGGCUGCUGCCGUAUGUGGGCGGAUCGCGCAUGGUGGUCGUGUAUUCACAGAGCGAGGAGACGCUCAUUGAGGCAUUCGACUGGAUGCGUCACUCGCCAGAGUUCUUGAAUGUGCAGAUGACCGAGAGCUGGCUGCGUGAGUACCAGGCUUCCUGCUCAGCGCCAUCCCACGUUCUGCCCGAGGACGCGUAA